UCCUGAGAAGCGACACCAGCGCCAGCGGAUAAAACAAGAAAUGUUCAUUUAGUAAACAUAACCUCAAUUUUGUGUGGGUGUUCCUUGCCUUCUGUUUCGGUUUUUCGUGAAAAUUACGUGAGUUUCCCGUGAAAAUCCUUUCAAGAUGACUUCCAAAUCCGCCAGCUCUAGCAAAGGAACCUUCCAACCUGAUUCCGAUGUUCAUAUCACCUUUGAGGAUCAGCAGAAAAUAAACAUCUUCGCGAAGCACAAUGCCAAGCUUGAGGAUCUCAAGGAAGAGCUGAAAGGGAAGCAGAACGACUUGAAGAAUCUCGAGGAAGCAAGCGAUGAAAUUGAGCUCUUCGACGAAGAUGAACAAAUCCCCUUCCUCCUUGGGGAGGUCUUCAUCUCCCACAAUCUGCCCAAGACACAAGAACUCCUAACGGAAGCCAAGGAGCGCAAGAAGAAGGAAAUCAAGGAGAUUGAGACAAAAUGCAAAGAACUGGGAGAUAUAAUUGGGGAUCUCAAAUCACAGCUCUAUGGGCGCUUUGGGAGUCAUAUUUAUCUGGAAAAUGACGAAGAUUGAGCCACAGGUGCGGAGUUUCGGAAUAAAAAUACAAUCUCACUGGCACACUGACCCAGACAGAGAUCCUGUGGAGGAGGAAGAAGAAGUUUGAAAUGCAUUAGAAGUGAUUUUGAUGGGGGGAAUAAAUUCUGGGCUCUUUACCUCAAGAA